CACUGCCUCCCCUUUUGUUCUACCUCAUUGUCUGCUGCUGGAUUUGUGAGAGAAACACAAUGAACCAGAAGGUAGUUCUCAUCACGGGCUGUUCUUCUGGGAUUGGCCUGGCCUUAGCUGCCCGCAUUGCAAAGGAUGAGAAGAAGAGGUUUAUGGUGUACGCCACCAUGAGGAACCUAAGCAAAGGUGAGCUCCUAGUGGAGGCAGCAGGUCGGACACUGGGCAGGACCUUGGAAAUCAAACAGCUGGAUGUUUGUGAUGAGAACUCCAUCAAAGCCUGUGUGGACAGCCUGCCUGAGCGUAGGGUUGACAUUCUUAUAAGUAAUGCUGGCAUGGGUCUUAUUGGACCCAUUGAAUGCCAGUCAAUGGAGGAGAUGAGGUCUGUCAUGGAUACUAACUUCUUUGGACUAGUGCGGUUGCUUAAGGAAGUCCUGCCAGACAUGAAGAGGAGGAAGAAAGGCCAUAUUGUGGUUAUCAGCAGUGUCAUGGGCAUCCAGGGAAUAUUGUUCAAUGAUGUCUACGCCGCAUCUAAGUUUGCUGUGGAAGGUUUCUGUGAAAGCUUAGCAGUACAGGCCCUGAGGUUUAAUCUGAACAUCAGUUUGAUUGAGCCAGGCCCAGUGAUAACAGAGUUUGAGCGCAAGGUCUAUGAGGAGGGCUUGAAGACUGAUCUCAGCAAAGCAGACCAAGUGACUGCUGACAUGUUCACUAACAUCUACCUGAAGAACUACAAACAAAUCUUUGAAACCCUUGGGCAGACACCUGAGGACAUAGCAGAGCAUACUUUCAAAAUCAUCACCAUGGAGAAUCCCCCAUUCCGCCACCAGACGAACACGCUUUACACUCCCAUGACCACCCUCAAAUAUGCCGACCCCAAUGGUGACCUUCCUAUUGACACCUUUUACAAAAUGGUGUUUGAUCAUGACAAGGUCUUCAAUGCCAGUCUGAACUUCCUCAAAUUGCUGCGCUGGAGGAGCCGCAAGAGCUUUACCCUGGAGAAGGACGGGGAGAAGUCGUAGAAUCGACAUCUGCUUCAAUUUAUUCCUGAAAAUGACUUGAUUCACUGUGUCGUAAAUCUGUGUUUUGUCUGGAUAGCUUGACAGCAUUUUAUUUUAUUGUCAUCUUAUGUAAAGAUUUGAUAUGUUCAAGACACGAUCAUUGUGAACAAACUAAGGAUGAAAGGUAUGAGUGGGUUUUCAUGGGAUGACAGCAGCCUGCAGUCUCCAUUUUGAGGACCCUAUAGGAGCACCUGCUCGAGCUUUUAAACCAUAAUACAUAGUACAUCCAUCCUCUUUAAGCCCCCAAAGCCCUGUAUCAUCAUUAUCAACUGUAAGCAAAAUUGUGAAGGGCAUAGACAAUGUCAUUGUAUCUGCUCAUGUCAGCCAAUAUUGACCUGGGAAACAUUUUCAAAAUAAAAUGAUGAUAGUUCAGAUGUGGAUGUACCACCUAA